CAGACGGGCCGGGCGCAAAGCACGGUGAACGCAGGUCGGUGCACACCGCCUGGCCGCCCCUUUCCCACCGGCUAGCGCGGGAGGCGCUGUGCACCCGGGACUGACCUUGAUGCUUGGCUUUGUUUAAAGAUUUCAAGCAGUGAAGAGAUGAACAUACCUAAGCCAUAGGGAAGCUUCAUCACUGACCUCUCUCCCUUGAGAAGCUGACAGGAUUCACACCCAGCAGUGCCACUUCCCAGCCCCCUGACCCUGGGCUAGUGGCUUGAACUGCUGGUAUUGUCAUUGUCCAGAUUAGGAAUACGGGUUCAUAAAUAGAACACAUGUCCCUUUAUGGUUGUUGUGAGGGUUCAAAGAAAGUGACUAAACAGGACCAAACCCAGACCCGUGUAACCGUAGAGGAAUAGAAACAUGGAAGGAAAAAUAAGCAACUCUCUUGCUUUCUAAUUUAAUGCAGGAUCUUCAUAUCACCUUCAAUGAUCCCUCUUCUAGGGACAUCCCACACUUUCAAAACUGCCAUCCUGUAUUAGGGUACCCGGCUAAGCUGUGGGGAGACCCUGGAGAGAUUUAUGCAAAGGAGGACCUGGACAAAGGUGCCCACUCAGGCCCUCAAGAGUGGAGAAUGGAAGAGAGAGAGGCAGAGCCCUGUGUCUUCCGUGUUGCUGUGCACAGGAGAAACGUGACCAAAGGACUGAGGUAGGAACCGGGGACAGGGCGGAUAAGGCCAGAGAUGUGAAGUUUGCACCCUUGGCCUGCCCUUUGCACACUGCUGCCUUGCUAUGUUCCUUGCUUUGGCAGAUCCAGAAAGUGGAGCACAAGACUGGGGUUACCCUCGACUCCAGGAAAGGCUUAGCUAUUGACUAGAGACCUGGGCAUUGGUGAAAGUGGGGGAAAAGACAGAAUACUGGGGUAGGCAGAAAGCCAAGGGGCGGGUGUAGCAGGCAACCUCAGGGAAGUUGGGAAGGCCCGGCAGGGUGAGAGAAGCCGCACAGCGCCUCCCUCGCGAGCCGGUGCGAAAGGGGCCGUCCCACGGUGUGCACCCCGCUGAGCUCAAGGGACAUUGCACCUGGCCCAUCUAUUGCGCACAGCCCAGCCCAGGACGGCCGGCGGGGCAGACUGGGCAGGGCGGGUGCAAGGGCGGGGCGAGGUGUCUGCGCCCGGCCCCCUCCGCUGACUAUAAAAGCAGCCGCUGGCUGUUGGGCUCCACCACGCCUUCAACGUGCACCACUGCCUCUUCCCUUCUGGCUUGGGAACUCCAGCCUCUCCUCGGGUUGCAAUGGACCCCAACUGCUCCUGCGCGGCUGGUGACUCCUGCUCCUGCGCCGGCUCCUGCACGUGCAAAGAGUGUAAAUGCACCUCCUGCAAGAAGAGCUGCUGCUCCCGCUACCGCGUGGGCUGUGCCAAGUGUGCCCAGGGCUAUGUCUGCAAAGGGGCGUCAGAGACAUGCAGCUGCUGCGACUGAUGCCAGGACAGCCUUUCUCCCAGAUGUUAAUAGCCAGACAUGUACAAACCUAGAUUUUUUUUUUAUACCACCUUGACCGGUUUGCUACAUUCCUUUUCCUAUGAAAUAUGUGAGUGAUAAUUAAACACUUUAGACAUGA